AUGUAUUUGUCAAAACUCUUACUUCUUCAACGAUCAAUUACUCAAUUAUCCUAUCGUUUAUCAACAUCACAUACAUUUCCUAAUGAAGAUCUUGUAUAUACAGUUAAAUCAACUAAUGGUCAUAUACGUUCAGCUCUUUAUCCAUUAAGUGCUGCUGAUUAUCCAAAACAAGUUUUACCUGAUUUACAUUUAAUAAAAAUCUUUCGUGAUAUUGAAUUAUUAAAGGAAAGUUGUGAACAACGUAAUAUAGUUCUUGAUAUAAAUCAACUUGCAUCAGAUUAUCAACGUUGGCAAAUGCAUAAAAAAGAAUAUAGACGUUUACGCGAUCUUUAUCAAAUACAAGAAAAAUUACGUGCAGAAAGAAAACAAACAAAUGAUUUAACAAUGACAGAUAUUAAUGAAACAGAUAUAAAUAAAACAAAAAAACGUAAGAAAAAAAUUCAAUCAAACAGCAAUACAUUAAAUGAAACAAUAUCAAAAAAACCAACAGAAAAUCUAGAAACUGAUGAUGAAUUGGCAAUGAUUUCAAGUGUUGAUAAUGCUUGGAUUGAAUCUAUAGCUAAAUCAUCAACAUUAACAAAUGAUUCUAUAUAUGCUCGUGGUGAAGCAAUAAUGAAUGAUAAUGAAUUUAAUUCUUUAAAACAACAUUUUGAACAAUUUCGUCGAGAAUUUCGUUUAUUUGAUCAACGUUUUAUUGUUGCAUGUCUACAUUUACCAGCUGCACAACAUAUUGGUGUACCAGCUAAAUCAUCAAAUAGUAUAAUAAUAUAUGAAUCACCAAUACCUAUUGUUAAACAUGCAUUUAAUUCAAAAUCAUGGCAUGAAUUAUGUCAUGUUGAAAAAAAUGAUGUUUCAAAAUUUGGUCCAUAUUGGCUUGGUAAAGCACCAUUACAUAAACAUGAAUUAGUUCGUUCUAUAUGUACAGAUUUAAUAAGAUUAGGUUUUCAAGAAAUGUCAUCAAUAAGUAUGGCAAAACCAUUUAUUUAUGAAGCAUUAGGUGCUAAUAUAAAUGAAAGUUGUCAUGUUUUAACAACAUUUGAAAGUUCAGAUGAUCCACGUUCACGUUCAUUAAUAACAUCAGGUUUAGGUUCAUUAGCAUCUUUACUUGUACCAUUUGUACGUCGAACAUUUUUACAAACAGAUUUACCAUAUUAUGUAUUUACACAAGGUGCAACAUAUGAUGUUGAACAUGAACAAACAUAUAAAAUUCAAUUAUUAACUAUGACUAAUAUACGUGAUACGCAUUUAAAAAAUUUUGCAGAUCCAUUAUUAGAUAAAGAAUUAACAGAUUUACAAUUAAAUUCAUCAAAUGAAUCAAUUGAACGUGAACAUGAAUAUAAUUUACAUUUAAAAAAUAGUUUAUUGAGUAAAAAUCCUUUUCGUUUUAAACAAACAUCUAGUUUAGAUGAAAUUUUUAUUGAAUUAACACGUUUAAUGUAUAAAUUAUAUGAAAAAUUUCGUUUACCAUUUCGUAUAAUAAAUGUACCAUCGGAUAAAUUACGUUCAUAUGAAUCAAUGAGACUUGAUUAUGAAUUAUUUUUACCAAGUUCAAAUUCAUAUGUAUGUGUUGGAAGUAUAUCAUUAAUUGGAGAUUAUUUAAGUAGACGUUUAAUGAUUCGACAUAAAAAAGUUAAAGAUGAUAAAAAUGGUAAUAUCAAAGAAAAAUUUACUUUGAAAGAUGAUUUACCAAGAGAAACAAAAUAUAAUUAUGUACAACUUAUAUAUGUACAAGUUGUUGAUGUUGAUAUGUUAACAAAAUGUUAUGUUGAAAAAGAACAAAAAGAAUUAUUUAAUCAUUGUCAACAACAUUUAAUUAAAAAACAAAAAUUAUUUGAAAUAGAACGAGAAGAUACACAUAAUUCAAUUAAUCAAACAUUUAAUAAAAUAUUUGAACAAUUAAUUGAAAUUCGACGAUUUUGUCGAAAUGAUAUUGAAACACAAACAUUAAAUGUACAAAUUGAAUUACAACAAAUGCUUGAUGCUAUACAAUAUAUCAGAACCAAAAGUCUUAUGUAUCAUGGAAAUACAUCAGAAACAUAUGAUUUAUUUUCAAUUGAAUUAGAACAAUGUAAUGAACGAUUAUCAAAAAUUGUUCUUUCACCUGCACGUGAUCUUGAUAAUUUAUUAUCAUAUUUAACAGAAUCAUUAUCCUCAAUACCUUCCCAUUAUCUACCAGAAACACCAUUAUCACCUAUAUCAAAUCAAAUUAUUAAAAGAAAAUCUAAUAUUUCAUCAUCAACAAUAACAAUUGAUUCAGGCAAAAAUAGUGAUCAUAGUUUUAAUAAUAGUAUUGCUGUAUUAAAUGUUAAAAAUUUAAGUAAUUUUAAAUUUGGUCCAAGUAUUAUAUUAGCUUAUCCAUGUGAUAUGAUUGCAUCAAAUGGACGUUCUAUACUUUCAUAUGUUAUUGAAAAAAAUUUUCUUAAUUAUUCAACUGUAUCUGGUGUUAAUUUAUCCAAUAUUAAAGUUUAUCGUUUAUUAGCACCAAUAACAGCAAAUAAUGCUCGACUUUGGGAUAUAGCAUGGUGUCCAUGGAGUAAAUUUUAUCUUAUUGUGGGUAAUUUAGGUCUUUAUUCACUUUGUUAUCCAUAUGAUACGAAUCCAUAUACAAAUGAACAUUUUCCACAAGUAAAUAAAUUAAUUAAUUUUCGUGGUCUAUCAUUUCAACAUGUACGUAUAUUAUCACAUUUAAAUGGUUGGUAUAUUUAUAUGGUUGAACAUCAAAAUGUUUCAAUUGAUUUAUAUGAUCGUCGAUCAGGUCAACGUUUACGUCAUUAUGAUAAUCAUAUUCAACAUGAUUUAAUUCCACUUGGUUUUCAUGGUUUUUGUUUAAGUAAGAAAUUAUUUGCUAUUGUUAAAAAAACUGAAGUUCUAUCAACAAUAAAUAAUCCACAUCAAAUAGAAAAUGUACAAAAUAUUCAAAUAUAUUUUUUUGAUCUUGAAACAAUGUUAUGUAUACAACAAAUGCCAUUAUAUAAUUGUUCAAAUGUUUAUGAUAUAAAAUGUUGUUAUGAAGAAAAUAUUUUUAUGAUACUUGCUGAACCUAUGCAACUUAUUCUUAUUAAUUUAGAUACAAAUGAAUUAAUAAGUAAAAAAUUAUUAGAUGAAGGAAAACAUUUAUGUAUUAUUAAUGAUCAUGCAGUGUUUAUUUUACGUUCAGAAUGUUCUAUUCAAACACUUCAAUAUCGAAAUAAUAAAUAA